AUGGCAAGAUUUGGAGACGAGGUGCCGGCCAGGUAUGGAGCCGGCCAAGGAGGCGGAGGACGCGGCGGUAGCCGCCAGGGCGGACCACCAGGAGCACCACAGAGGAUGUACAAGCAGUCGAUGGCCCAAAGAGCCCGGACCAUGGCUCUCUACAAUCCUAUCCCAGUCCGACAAAACUGCUUCACAGUUAACAGAUCUCUCUUUCUCUUCAGUGAAGACAACUUUGUAAGAAAAUAUGCCAAAAAGAUCACUGAAUGGCCUCCAUUUGAGUAUAUGAUUUUAGCAACAAUCAUUGCCAACUGCAUAGUUUUAGCUCUGGAGCAGCACUUGCCUGAUGAUGACAAGACUCCCAUGUCUGAACGACUGGAUGACACUGAACCAUAUUUCAUUGGGAUCUUUUGCUUUGAGGCAGGAAUUAAAAUAAUUGCUUUAGGGUUUGCUUUCCAUAAAGGCUCUUACUUACGGAAUGGCUGGAACAUCAUGGAUUUUGUUGUGGUCCUGACUGGUAUUGUUGCUACAACAGGGGCAGAAUUCGAUCUUCGAACGUUACGUGCAGUUCGAGUCCUCCGACCCUUGAAGUUGGUUUCUGGAAUUCCAAGUUUACAAGUUGUGCUCAAGUCCAUCAUGAAGGCAAUGAUCCCCCUCCUUCAGAUUGGAUUGCUACUUUUCUUCGCCAUUCUCAUGUUUGCAAUCAUUGGAUUAGAAUUUUACAUGGGAAAAUUUCAUAAAGCAUGCUUUGAUAGCAACACAGAUGAAAUAGUGGGUGACUCUCCUUGUGGGACAGACUCACCUGCUCGAACCUGUCCAGUUGGAAUGAACUGCACUGAAUACUGGGAAGGGCCAAAUUAUGGAAUUACACAAUUUGAUAACAUCCUGUUUGCUGUGCUGACUGUAUUCCAGUGCAUCACCAUGGAGGGCUGGACUGAUCUCUUGUAUGAUAGCAAUGAUGCCUUAGGAAACACCUGGAACUGGUUGUAUUUUAUCCCCCUCAUCAUUAUUGGCUCCUUUUUUAUGCUGAAUCUUGUCCUUGGUGUCCUGUCAGGAGAGUUUGCCAAAGAGAGAGAGAGGGUGGAAAAUAGACGUGCAUUCUUAAAACUGAGGAGACAGCAGCAAAUUGAGAGAGAGCUGAAUGGUUAUCUGGAGUGGAUUUGUAAAGCAGAAGAGGUGAUACUGGCGGAGGAGGAGACUGACACUGAGGAAAAAUCACCCUUUGAUGUGGGCGCUAUGAGAAGGGGAACAAUAAAAAAGAGUAAAACUGAUUUACUGAAUCCCGAAGAGGGUGAAGAUCAUCUGGCAGACAUUUCUUCUGUUGGAUCUCCUUUUACAAGAGCAAGUAUUAAAAGUGCCAAACUUGAGGGAUCUUCAUUUUUCCGUAAGAAGGAAAGACGGUUUCGCUUCUUCGUCCGACGGGUAGUGAAAACUCAGGCCUUUUACUGGACUGUCCUUAGUCUGGUAGCACUCAACACCUUGUGUGUUGCAAUUGUACACUACAAGCAGCCAGGUUGGCUCUCUGACUUCCUCUACUAUGCAGAAUUCAUUUUCUUAGCACUCUUUAUGUCAGAAAUGUUUAUAAAAAUGUAUGGGCUUGGAACUAGGCCUUAUUUUCAUUCUUCUUUCAACUGUUUUGAUUGUGCGGUUAUUAUAGGCAGUAUUUUUGAAGUCUUCUGGGCUGCUGUUAAGCCAGGUACCUCUUUUGGCAUCAGUGUUUUACGGGCACUCAGGUUACUUCGAAUAUUCAAAGUUACAAAGUACUGGGCCUCUCUUCGAAACUUGGUUGUCUCCUUACUGAGUUCCAUGAAGUCAAUUAUUAGCUUAUUGUUCCUAUUGUUCCUCUUUAUCGUUGUAUUUGCCCUUUUAGGAAUGCAGCUCUUUGGUGGCCAAUUUAAUUUUGAAGCUGGCACACCCUCCACCAACUUUGAUACUUUCCCUGCAGCAAUAAUGACUGUAUUUCAGAUUCUGACUGGUGAAGAUUGGAAUGUUGUGAUGUAUGAUGGGAUAGAAUCCCAGGGCGGUGUUAACAGAGGGAUGAUUUCUUCAGUCUAUUUCAUUGUUCUGACUCUCUUUGGAAACUACACUCUGCUGAAUGUAUUCUUGGCCAUCGCUGUGGACAACCUUGCCAAUGCACAAGAACUCACAAAGGAUGAACAAGAAGAGGAGGAAGCUGCUAAUCAGAAACUUGCACUGCAGAAAGCCAAGGAAGUAGCAGAAGUGAGUCCAUUGUCAGCUGCCAACCUGUCAAUAGCUGCGAAAGAACAACAGAAGAACCAGAAACAUGGAAAGACAGUGUGGGAGCAACGAAUGAAUGAGAUGAGAAAGCAAAAUCUGAUGACCAGUCGGGAGGCCAUUUACAAUGAAUUAGACCCUGAUGAGAGGUGGAAAAUGGCUUAUUCCAUGAAUAUCCGACGUGACAUGAAAACGCACUUGGAUCGGCCUUUGGUUGUUGACCCUCAGGAAAACAGGAACAACAACACUAACAAAACAAGGCCUUCAGAACCCUCAGCUGAUCAACGAAGCAGUCAACAAAGGGCUGAGGAGUUUCUGAGAAAGCAGACCCGUUACCAUGAUCGAGCCAAUGAUCCAAACAAAGACAGGACAUCUGAAAGGGAAAUGGGGUGUGUGGAGCAGGGAGACAGGCCCAGGAGGUAUCGCAGUAACAGCAAAGAAGGAGAAACAAAUAGAGAUGGUGUUCCUAAAGACGUGGAAUACCGUGGAAGGGACCGGGGGGGAAAUAAUGAGAGGAACACACGGGAUGGUGAUAGUGAAAGAAGUAGAACCAAUGAACCUCACCGGCGUCACCAACACAGGCCAGGAGUAAGCAAAGAAGGGAGAAGUGCCUCACCAAGGACUGAGGGAGACAGGGAGCGCAGACACAGACCACACCGGCGUAAUGCAGAAAGUCACGAUGUCAGUGGAGUAGAGGAGGGUAUCAAAAGUGAAAGAAGUGAGAGGCGGUCAAAGCACAGAGAGGGUUCCCGGGGCAACAAGGAAGGGAAAGGAGGUGCAGAAAGUGAAAAUCUGGAUGGGCCAGAAAAACGCCGCAGAAGCCGUCAUGCUCAAUCCACUUAUGAUAAUGACGCUAAAAAAGAAAGAGAUGAUAAGGAUCCAACAGCAAAGGAAAGGAGACACAAACGGAAGAAAGAAAAUCACGGAGGUGUUCUGCCUGCUCCAGGUGGCCCAGCCCUUUCUACCACUCGGCCAGUGCAACAGGACAUGAGCAGGCAGAAUGGACAACAGACAGAAGAUAUAGACAAUCUCAGAAACAGCAAGUUGGCAACCCAACCCUCCAAUCCCAGGAAUACCAAUAAUACCAAGGAUGUCACAAAUCCAGCUAACCUUUCCAAUCCUGUCAAUCUUCAUAAUCCUGGAAAAAUUGGAAACCAUACUAAUCCUCAUAAUCCUGGCAAUCCAUCUAAUCCCCAUAACGCAACCAAUCGUAAGGCCCCAACUACUACACCUGGAAAUCCUACCGAUCCUGGGAACCCCAAAAACCCGGAAAACAGCCUUAUUCUCACCAAUCCAACUAAUCCAACCAAUCCGAACAAUCCAGCAAAAAAUGCUAAGAAGCCUGAACAUACAACUAUUAAUAUUCCAUUUGCAGAUCCAUCUUUGCAGGUAAUGUAUCUCCUUCUUUCAGUAAACAAAAAUGCGAACACUGAUGUUUUGCCGAAAAAGGAAGAAGAAAAGAAAGAAGAGGAAGAGAAGGGUGGUGAUGAAGAUGGACCGAAACCAAUGCCACCCUUCAGCUCCAUGUUUAUCUUCAGCACUACAAAUCCACUGCGCCGAGCCUGCCAUUACAUUGUAAAUUUACGCUACUUCGAAAUGUGUAUCCUCAUCGUCAUCGCAAUGAGCAGUAUUGCACUGGCUGCAGAAGAUCCUGUCCAACCAAAUGCCACAAGAAAUAAUGUUUUAAGAUAUUUUGACUAUGUAUUUACUGGAGUCUUUACUUUUGAAAUGGUUAUUAAGAUGAUUGACCUUGGCUUGGUCCUGCAUCAAGGAGCAUAUUUCAGGGACCUAUGGAAUAUUCUGGAUUUCAUCGUAGUCAGUGGUGCACUAGUGGCAUUUGCCUUCACUGGGAGCAAAGGGAAAGAUCUGAACACCAUCAAAUCUCUGAGAGUACUUCGAGUGCUACGACCCCUUAAAACUAUCAAACGGCUGCCUAAGCUCAAGGCUGUUUUCGAUUGUGUGGUAAACUCCUUGAAGAAUGUACUCAACAUCCUGAUCGUUUACAUGCUCUUCAUGUUUAUUUUUGCUGUGGUUGCUGUGCAGCUCUUUAAGGGCAGAUUUUUCUACUGCACUGAUGAAUCCAAAGAGUUUGAGCGGGAUUGCAGAGGACAGUACUUGGUCUACAUGAAGGAAAGUGAUAUUAAGGCACAGAAGCGGGAGUGGAAACGAUAUGAGUUCCAUUACGAUAAUGUGCUCUGGGCUCUACUGACUCUCUUCACUGUGUCAACUGGAGAGGGCUGGCCAGACGUACUGAAACAUUCAGUAGAUGCUACCUAUGAGAAUCAAGGACCCAGCCCUGGCUAUAGGAUGGAGAUGUCUAUUUUUUAUGUUGUCUACUUUGUUGUCUUCCCUUUCUUCUUUGUUAAUAUCUUUGUGGCCUUGAUCAUCAUCACUUUCCAAGAACAGGGGGAUAAAAUGAUGGAGGACUACAGUCUGGAAAAAAAUGAGAGAGCAUGCAUAGACUUUGCUAUCAGUGCCAAGCCCUUGACACGUCAUAUGCCACAGAACAAACAAACUUUUCAGUACAAAAUGUGGCAAUUUGUGGUGUCACCCCCAUUUGAGUACACCAUUAUGGCUAUGAUUGCACUCAAUACUGUGGUGCUAAUGAUGAAGUUUUCUGAUCAGCCACAAUCUUAUGACGAUGUUCUAAAGUAUCUCAAUAUGGUGUUCACCAUUUUGUUCUCAUGCGAAUGUAUCCUGAAAAUUAUUGCCUUUGGAAUUUUGAACUAUUUUCAGGAUGCUUGGAAUGUAUUUGAUUUUGUCACGGUCCUGGGCAGUGUCACUGAUAUAUUAGUGACAGAAUUUUGGAAAAAUAUUAUCAACCUGAGCUUUCUAAGGCUAUUCCGUGCUGCUCGACUUAUCAAGCUUCUGAGACAGGGUUACACCAUCCGUAUCUUACUGUGGACAUUUGUCCAGUCUUUUAAGGCGUUACCUUAUGUCUGUCUCCUGAUCGCAAUGUUGUUCUUCAUUUAUGCCAUAAUUGGCAUGCAGGUAUUUGGAAAUAUUGCAGUUGAUGAUGAUGAUGAAGAGAGUGAAAUUAAUCACCACAACAACUUCAGAACAUUCUUCCAAGCUCUGAUGCUUCUUUUCCGGAGUGCAACAGGGGAAGCGUGGCAUAGCAUCAUGUUAUCAUGCUUGGGCGGCAAACCUUGUGAUCGACGAUCUGGCAUCAGUGGAAAUGAGUGUGGCAAUGAGAUUGCCUAUUUCUACUUCGUCUCCUUUAUUUUCCUCUGUUCCUUUCUGAUGCUGAACCUUUUUGUUGCUGUCAUCAUGGACAACUUUGAGUAUCUGACGCGGGACUCUUCAAUCCUUGGACCCCAUCACCUGGAUGAGUACGUCAGGGUCUGGGCUGAGUAUGAUCCAGCUGCCCGCGGUCGAAUUCAUUAUAAGGAUAUGUACAGUUUAUUGCGUGUUAUCUCACCCCCUCUGGGCUUAGGCAAGAAAUGUCCUCAUAGGGUGGCCUGCAAGAGGCUUCUGCGAAUGGAUUUACCAGUUGCUGAAGACAACAGCGUGCACUUCAACUCCACACUUAUGGCACUUAUUAGGACAGCCUUGGAUAUCAAAAUAGCAAAAGGAGGGGCUGAUAAACAUCAAAUGGACCGAGAAUUGAGGAAAGAAAUGAUGUCUAUCUGGCCAAACCUCUCACAGAAGACAAUUGAUCUACUGGUCACGCCUCACAAAUCAACUGACCUUACCGUGGGCAAGAUCUACGCAGCUAUGAUGAUCAUGGAAUACUAUCGACAAAGCAAAGCCAAAAAGCUCCAGCUACUCCGUGAGGAGCAGAAUCGAACGCCAUUACUGUUUCAGCGUAUGGAGCCACCUUCGCCUACGCAGGAAAUGGAUCCAGGGCAGAAUACCUUACCAGAUCCCCAGCACAUAUCUGGAAAUGGCCUUGCACAGGAUGGGAUUAUGAAAGAAAGUCAAUCUUGGGUCACAGACCGAGCUCAAAAAAUGUUUCAGAAGACGGGGGCUUGGAGUCCUGAAAGAGGUCGGUCAGAAGAAAUAGAAGACACUCGACCAAGCUCCCAGGCUGUGGAGAUGCAAGAAAUGGGGAGGGACGGCUACUCGGACAGCGACCAUUACCUCCCGAUGGAAGGCCACAGUCGAGCAGCCUCCAUGCCACGGCUACCUGCAGAAAACCAAAGGAGAAAAGUGCGGAACCGUGGAAAUAACCUCAGUACUAUUGAAGAUACAAGCCCAAUUAAGAGAUCAGCAUCCACAUUGGGUCAUCAGCGCUCCAAAGGCAUGCGUCUAGAUGACUAUUCGCUAGAGCGGGUCAUCCCAGAGGAAUCACAAAGAUCCCAUCGACGUAGGGAAAGGGGUCACAGGACCUCUGAAAGGUCGCAGAGCCGAUAUACAGAUGCUGACACAGGGCUUGGAACAGACCUCAGUACCACAACACAAUCAGGUGACCUUCCUCCAAAGGAGAAGGAUCGUGAGCGAGGAAGACCCAAAGAUAGGAAACAUCACCAUCAUCACCAUCACCACACAUCAUCAGACAAGGAACGCUACUCCGAGGAGCGGCAUGAGUACAGCAGACCUCGAUCGAGGGACAGGCGAUGGUCCCGGUCACCCAGUGCGGGUCGCGAGUGUGUCCCUCAUAGACAGGGCAGUAGUUCUGUGAGUGGGAGUCCAGUACCUUCCACUUCUGGCACCAGCACACCAAGGCGCGGACGCAGGCAACUUCCCCAGACUCCCUCCACACCUAGGCCGCAUGUCACCUACUCCCCUGUGGUGCGAAAAGCCAUGAAUACAUCACAGCAGGGCAGGAUACCAACCCCCGUGCCACGCAGGUACUCACCACCGCCCCCGGAGCAUCAGAGGGGGGAGCGGCAGAGCAGCAGCAGGUCUCCCGCUAUGGAGAGAAGCACCAUCCCCCGUAACGAGUCCCCACGACUAAAUCGCCAAAGCAGCAGCCGCUGGUCCACUCCCAGCUCCCACGUAUCUGAGCCUUACCUGGGAUCUCACAAUGAUAACUAUUACUGCAGCCCUGACUAUGAUGUGCCAAGCGAGGAAACUCUGACCUUCGAGGCUGCCAUAGCAACAAGUUCUGGAAGGUCGCCCAGGACUUCUCGGGUGACGUCAUCCUCUGUGUCCCCUUCACGGCAUGGGCGACGAGUACCAAAUGGGUACUAUCACAAUCUCGGGGCGAUGAAAACAAAAGGACCUGGCACAAGAAAAGGAAUGCAUGAACCCUACAGUGAAACUGACGAGGAUGACUGGUGCUAG